AUGUCCGUCGCCCAGGUCGUCCAAGCUCCUGAUCGGCCCGCGUUGCAGCACAUCACCCGCCUCUUCCUCGCGGGCACAACGCCCGUCAAAAGCCUUGGCCAUGGGAACCCAAACCCCGUCGUCGACUGGCGGCGUCUCGUCUGCUCGGCUGUCGGCAACCUGCCCGUGACCGUCUUCGAUCCGCUGCGCCCGGACUGGGACGCCUCCUGGACCGAAGACGCCAACUUCUCGCUUUUUCGCCAGCAGGUCGACUGGGAGCUCGAGAUGCAGGAGCAGUCGACUCUGAUCGCCUUCUUCUUCGAUCCAGCCCGCGACGGAUCCGUCAGUCUGCUGGAGCUGGGUCUGUGUGCCGGACGAGCCGCAAGCGCCAUUGUUGGCUGUCCGCCGGGAUACACGAAACGCGGCAAUGUGCAGAUGGUGUGUGCCCGCUACGGCAUUCCGCUGGUCGAUUCCGCCGAGGCGUUGGCCGAUGCGGUCCGGGCGCACCUCGUUCGGGGGGGAUGCCGUUAG